AUGGCGACAACACUGAUGACUGCUGGCUCUUCCUCAGCCUUGACAAACAAGGCCCCCCUCCUUUUCUGCGCCCCUGGGCCCCGGAACGGCUCGUUCUGCGGGUACAAGAACUGGCAGUACGACCAGAUCGAAACCUUUGACAACUUCGCCUGGCCGGGAGACAAGGAGAUCCUCGUCAAGUUUCUCCCAGGACACAAGACGUUUAAGAAGAUCGAGAAGAUCAUCAUAGAUGCCUCGCAACAGUGGCUCAAAACCAUUGACACUGAACUGAAGGUGACAUGGGUCGAGUCUGGGGAAGCCGAUAUCCGCGUGUCGGUUGACAACAACGAGCCCGAUUGGAGUGCCCUGGGGUCCUAUGCCGCCCGGUACAGCCAGGACGAGCCGACGAUGAACAUAUGUCUCGGUGGUUGGAAAGAGAACAAGACCGUUUUCACUCAUAAGAAUGUCGAGCGGGUUGCCUUGCAUCUGUUUGGUCAUGCACUGGGGUUACCUCAUGCAAAAGCCAACUGGUCCUCGUUAUGGAACAAUGCCGAGCUUGAGAAAUACUGUGGCACUGCCAUCGCUGCUAUGGUCAAGGAGGAUCAAGGCAACCUUUCCAUGACGAGCUCGCACUCAGUGAUGGGCUUCGAUCGUCCAGCCUCCCUGAGCACGUCAGGUGUCGACGAGUUCCGUGGCGGCAAUAAGCUCGAUCGCGAUUCCAUAGCACUUCUCAAACGGCUUUACGGCGGUUUGGACUGCCACAGCGCCCGGAUCACGGCAAAGGAAGUGAGCGGGUGGUCGGGUGGGUGGAACAUCGAGGACAAGCCCGCAAAGCAAUGGUGCCAGGUGUCGCAGACGACGAAGUGCGUCGCCGGUCUCUCCAUGCUGAACCUGGGAAUCAACGGAAACUUUCGCAUCGCGACAGAGCUUGACAAUAUACAAUCAGGUCGUGGGUACGACGUUGUCAUCAAGACGUGGAAGGACACGGAUCUCAUCGACGCGAGCAGCAACGUGCUCAGCUUCAACGCCAACGACUGCCGGGUGCAGACGGGCUACGAGAGCUAUGCGGACAUCAGGAGUGAUCCGAAUGACCGUAGCCCCGGCGUCCCGGUGUCGAAAUGGGUCAAGUUUGCGAGACCGAUGAGGAACCCGCGAGUUGUGGCUUUCAUCAGCCGUUUCGAUACGAUGAAGGGCAGAUACAUUCGUAUCGGCGUCUACGCUGACGAAGUCACCGACGAGGGCUUCAAGAUUCACUUAAACACAUGGCACGGCAGGUUUUCUCCUUUCUCUUUCUUGCUUCAUGUGACUGACUCCCACGAGGCAGACGACUCUAGCAUUCGCUCGGGAGUCUAUGAAUUCCCGUUCCACCAUAACUGGACCGAUCGUGACGAAGGCUGGUUUGACUUCAGCAAAGUCAUGUGCCGUAAACCGCAAAACAUGUUCUUAGCAUUCUCGCACAUUGAUGUACACCCAGACCGCAAUAUUCGCCUGAGCAUGGAAGCGGAUGACUGGAAUGAGUAUGGAGUCCGGGGUCGCAUCAAAACAUGGGAGCGAGAGAGCAAGUACUGCCAGAUGAAGGGAGUCUACAUUGCUGUACUGUAG